AUCGUAAAGAAUAAAGAGAGCUACAUGCUCCGAAUCCAGCAUAUCUACACCACUUUCUUCGGCAUAGAGGACCGGCGAGAGCAACUGGCAAGAACCCUGCAGUUUCGAGGAAACCCUGCAGUUUCAGGGAAACGGAGAGCCCCGAAAAGCCGAUUUUCGCUGGGUUUGAGAACCGUCACAAACUUGAGGACACGGCGGAGGCGUGGCUUGUUUGCUCCCCCUUCUUCCUUCCUUCCUCUCUUGGACAUCCCUCUGCUGCUCUGAUUGGUCGCCUCCCGUCCAAUCAAAUCUCAGAAGAAAUUUUUUCUUUUUUCUUUUUUUCUCUCCGAGGUAGAAAAAAAAAAGAGAGUGAGUCUGGGAAGCUGAUUUUGCUGAAGGGUCGUGGGCGGGUGGAUACUUUUCAUUCCCCCCUCCUCUUUCUUUUUCCAGAGAGGGGAGUUUCUAGGGUGUGUGUGUGUGUGUGUUUGGAUGUGGGUGCGCGCGCGAGCUUGGUUUUUUUUUGGGGGGGGGGGUUGUUGUUAUUUUGUUUGUCGCGCCUGGCUUUCGCAGCGCGUGGCCGGAGCUCUGCGUGGCCUCGUUUCGCCUCCAACGAUGCGGCCAGGCCAAGAGACAUUUCCGCGUUGAGCUCUCCAGGCUGACCACAGGAAAGGCGGCAGUUUACUGCUCGCUGGCUGGCGGCGGGUCAGUCGGAGCGCACAGUUAACCGAGUCUGCGGGUCCAUCUGGCCACUGAAAGGAGCCGAGAUAAGAGCGGGUGGCCGCCGGAUCGGCAGGAUGUACACUGCCGGACUCGCUCCCUUUUAUGCUUCCAACUUCAGUCUGUGGUCAGCGGCAUAUUGUACCCCGGCCGGCCCCGGGGCUGGCGGCUGUUUCUCCUUGGAUCCCUCGGGGCUCAAGAAACCGUCUUUCUGCAUCGCGGACAUUUUACACGCUGCCGCAGGAGAAGCCUCUGUGGACGGGCUGCCCGUAGGAACCGCGGCUAAUCUGGCCUCCCAUUUAGGUGGAAUCCAUGCCCAUGCACAGUAUCACGGCGCCGCUUCCCCGCUCAGACCGACACCCAUGGUGGCUCCGGACACUUCGGUCGCCUUCGCUUCUAGGCUGUCACCUCUCUCCGCUACCUACCAUAACUCUCAUCCUCAGCAUCAGCGCUCUCCCACGGGGGGCUCCGGCGGGGCCGCUGCACGAACCCCGGGAGGAGGGCAAAGCCGCCAGACCCACUCCGGCUCUGCAGCCGCUCCCUGUAGCAAAGACUUGAAAUUUGGGAUUGAUCGCAUUUUGUCUGCCGAGUUCGACCCGAAACUGAAGGAGAGCAACACUCUGAGAGAUCUGACCUCUUUAUUAACCGCCAGCCGCCCAAGUGGGAUUCAUGUCCCCACAUUACAGCCUCCGUCGGGCCAGUUCUUCACGUCUCUAGAACCCAUUAACGAGACUUCUGGGGUCCUGGGACCCUUAAACACAACCCCAAGGAAUUCCGUUCAGCACCAGUUUCAAGACACUUUUCCAGGUCCAUAUGCGGUGCUUACGAAAGACACGCUGCCUCAGACCUACAAACGGAAACGCUCGUGGUCCCGGGCGGUUUUUUCUAAUCUCCAAAGAAAAGGAUUGGAGAAACGCUUUGAAAUCCAGAAAUAUGUCACCAAACCGGACAGAAAACAAUUGGCCGCCAUGUUAGGGCUCACAGAUGCUCAAGUGAAAGUCUGGUUCCAGAACCGGCGCAUGAAAUGGCGGCAUUCCAAAGAGGCGCAGGCGCAGAAAGACAAAGAGAAAGAGCCGGCCGAGAAGGUGGCUGCAGCCGGAGCGGCUCUAGGGCCUGGGCCAGCAGGCGAAGGUGAGCUCGAGCGCAGCCCGAGCCGCUCGGAAGGCGAGAGCGACAGCAGCGAGGCCGAAUCCCUGGAUCUGGAGCUCGGAAGCGACGCAGAACGGACUGAGCCGGGAGCUACCCCUGAUCAGGCCAUGCAGCGGCACAUCUCGGAGCUGCACCCACCCGCCGGUUUGGAGACCGCAGCUCACCCCGAGCCGCCUCCUCCUCUCCCAGGCCUGGAGCAAGGCCGGGAGCCUCUGCGGUGCCCCGAGUCUUCGUUUUGCCUGCGGGACUCUCCAUGAUGGCCUCCCUUCAGCCAAGCUGGGAAGCUGCCAAGAGCCCCAGCUCCGAGGGCUAAGCCGGACAGGGGCCUCUUGGAUGCGGGAUGCUAACUCCUAGUGUGGGCGGAGCGCACCAGAAUGGGUUCCGGGGGAAAUUGACUUUGAACGGCGGGUGGAGCUGGGCUACCUUCGGAAUCGGGGCCUUGUCCUUAUUUGGAGUGUGCGGGGGGCCCCUCCCCAAAAGACAUGGGGCGGCCCAGAGCUGAUCCUGCAGGCCUCCAGACGGCGCGCCCUGAACGGGUCCACUCAGGUAGGCAGGGAGGGAAGUUCGGGCGCCUUCACGGCAAAGAGUCCCCCGGCCACGAAGGCUUCUGGUUCGAGGAGUUUAGCAAAGGCAAAGGGGGAAAAAAUCGAUCCUCCUCUGGCGCCCUCACCCCCGUGGCAAACGGUUGCUUGAAAAACGAUGCUGGGAGAGCCAACAAAUUUGGAGGAAGAUGGAGAAAAGUGGAUUGUAAAUAAAGAGUUUCUUAACACUUUAACGGGUAUUUUUGUUCAUAACAAAAGUAGGCUAGUUGCCUUAAUGGUCUGACGGCUGAGUUGCUGAUCCUUACCUGCUGCACCUGAGCAUCGAUUCGUAUUCUCCCAAAAUCUCCAAGUUCUGUUCCCCCCCCCUAGGAUGGUAUGUAAUAAGUACUUUGAAGAAAGAGUAGGCAAAGUUUGUUCCAAACUUUUUCGGAACCAAGAAAUCCAAAGUUGUAGAAUAGGAAAGCAAUCCUUUCAGGGAUUUUAAUUUUCCUUAUUUAUUAAAAAGCAAGGGAUUUCAUACAGAGCUCUGCAUUUAAUUUCUUUAGUUACAAUGAAUGGCUUGGUGACAAGCAAAUGGCACUUAAAAAUAAUCCACUAAAUAAAAUUUGAAGGUGAAUCCUUCAAUCUGCCCUAAAGGUAGAACACAGAGGAAAAUGUAGAUUAAUUUAAUGGAGGUAUGCAGCUAUGGUUUCCAAGCAGCUUAAUAGCUGUGUCCCCAUUGCAUGCUCAUUUUAACAGCCUGUUUUUGGGAGGAACAGUCUGGUAUCCAAUGUAUCUCCAUGAAAUUUAUUUCUAAAUGCAUAGGGUUGUGUUCCACCUACUGUGGUAUACUUUGGAAAGAAUAUCUACAUAAUUACAUUAUUUGGUUAAAGAUGUUUAUUACUUAACAUUGCUUUGACUAGAGGAAACAUUACUUUCAAAAUAGUUCAAAAUAGUUAUAGCCAAAAAAAAAAAAAAGGCCACAAGUAAUUCACGCUUUUCAUUGUUGGGUUCUUCAGGAAAGUCAUUCUGAAACUGGAAAUUAAGACACAAGUGUAGUUCCAAUCUCACUUAUUUUAAACUUAGUUGGUAAUAAACCACAUAGCAUAAAGUUUGUUCCUCUCCAAGCAUUUUGCUCCUUCUGCACAUUUAUCUGAAAAGGAAAGAAACAGCAUCAGAAACAAAGAAUUGUGUAUUUGGGAAGAAAUUGAGUCUGGGGAGUAAGAGAAUUAUAGGCGAAAACUGAUUUACCUUUUAAUUCCUCCUCCACUAUUUCACUAAUAGCAUCCAACAUAAGGAGGCAACUGAAUUUGAGAAGAAUGUUAAGGAGCUUUGUUGCACCUUAAAAAUGAAUAGAUUUAUUACAGAUUGAGCUCUCAUCUAACUAUAAAAAAAACUAAUGCUGGGACAACAAUAACAGUAAACAUUAGGGUAAAGAGAAAUAAAAAGUGCCAGAAUAUAAAGAUGGUUUUAAUUCUUUCAUUGGCAGUAGUAGUUGCUAGAUGGUUAUACAUACUUUUUUUGCACUAUCAAGAUAAUAUUUAGUUGUGUUCAAGACUCAGGAAACGGAGUUAAUCUUUGAUGGAACACAGUUCAGCCUUUCAUAUUAAAAUGGAGGAAUAAAAAGAAGGGAUCGAUAUAGAUACAAUAUAAAGGAUAUGUCUAAAAUAAGAAAAGGGAAGUUACACACUGAUAUUGCUACCUAGGAUAUAUUCACAAUCUAUAUAUAAUCUGCUAUGUUGAAUUUAUUUCCACUUUUGCCAAUAGUUCUAGCAGAUAAAGAAACCAGACUGAAUAUUAUGAAAGAAGAUUUAUGAGUGACUUUUUCAAGUCACUAGAAAUAAGAUGAUCUCUCUAUUGGAAAUUUUUCCACAGACCCCAGAAUUUGCACGCACAUACAAAUUGUAGCCUCUGGGAAGUGUGCAGGGGCCACUAAAAGUGUUGGCAGAAGGCAAGCAAUUCCUGAUCCAGAGGUUUUGCAUCCAUGCUAUAGAGCAAAAUUUGAAACCAGGGAUCCCAGGAAUCCUGGAAUCUAUAAACUAGCAAAGUUUAGGGGACUUAAUCUGGAAUUCAAACCUUUGAUUUUUCUUUUAAACCAAAACCCUUUUCCUGUCAUUCUUGUAAGAAUUAUAUUGCACCACUGUAAUUUAUCUAAAUUUGUCUUGGAUCAUAAUGUUCUUUUGAAAUCUCAGCUAUGCUACUUAGACAGCCCAAAUGACUCAUACUAUUUAUACAACCAAAUCGCAGAAUUGUUUUAUUAAGCAGCUUAGGAUCAGCCUCUGCUUUAUCAUUUCACAUGUACAGUAUAUGAUGUACAAAUUAAGUUUUGUUGCAGCCACACUAUAUGUCACAUGUUUUGUUGCUAUUUUAUUGCUGUGGAGGCAGAUCAUAGUUAUUUCUGAGAAUUGCAAAACAUGAAGGAUUUAGGAACAUUUCCCCCCCAAAAGAGGCAAAAUGUAAUUUUUACUUAGGGUGCAAGGUUUUACUUAGGGUGCAUCUCCAACUUCAGUUCAGAGUGAGAUGAAACUAACCAUUCUAUGAUUUAUCCCCACUUAUCAAAAGGUAUGUUGCCGUUCAAUUAUUCGAAAAUUGACAAUUAAAAGAACCAAUGUGAUGAAUGACAAAUUGACAAUUUCCUCUCAUUGAAUUAUCUGUUAUUGAUCACAGCUCUGUUUAUUUUCCUUCAAUUUGUUUAAUCUACGGAGAGGAUUAUCUGUCCCCCACCAGCAUAAUAAGUGUAAUCGCAUAAUAUAUAGAAGGCGACAUGUUCCUGCUCCUUUAAUCCAGUCCAAAGGAAACAGGUUGCUUUCUUGCUAGAUAUAGUCUUGAUUGCCCACUUGUCAUCUUGCCUGAAGCCAGGUAUAGAAUGGAUAGAAAUUCUACUCUGUAAUCAGUUGGAGCUUAUCAGUAGGUGCUCAGGAUCAGGUUGCAAGCCCUCGGAGUAUAAGCAUCAUAAAGUAAGUUGAAGGGUUGCUAUGAAUCAGGCAACAGUUUCCCAUCUAAUUCCUUGUACUUUGAACAGAAGUGGAUUUCUGUAUGUGUAUAAUAAUGCACAAAAGAAGUGUAAUAAUAGAAAGAAUUCUUAUUCCUACUAAUUCCUACUACUACUCUUGACCUUCUUCCAUACAAGCCACACUGGCGGGAAAGAGCAACAAGAAAUAGGAUGGGAAGGGGGAAAAAAAACCUGUAAAACUUUAUCAGAAAGUGGAGUUCUUGGUAACAAAUGUAAAGAAAACAAAUAAUAUCUGAAGCAAUCAAUCAUUCCCAGCCUGCAUAGUUGCUGAAACAUGGAAUCAUUUCCCAUAUUAGAUGUAAUUUCAGUGUCGUUAAGACAAAUCCUGGCACCUCUCUUACUAGUUGGGAUUGAUGGCAACAGAAGGCACACAAAGCUUGCGGUCUUAUACCAUGUUCUACCACAUUUGCUUCUGCAUAAGUAUGUUGAUAAGUUUCUGUGAUUGGAUUUAAAUCCUAUACCCAUAUUUGCUUAGAGUAAAACCCCUUAAAUGGGAUUUACUUCUGUCUUUUUUUUUUUGUGAUUUAUGAUUUAAUUUCUACACAAAGUUUAACCCUGAUCUCAAAGCAAGGAAACACAAUUACUAUACCAGGUGAUCUUUUGCCAACGGAAUAAGCCAUAUUGUGAUUUAAUAUGAUGCACAGUAAGCUUAACAAUAUUCUAAAACUAUUCACAUCUCUAUUUAAUCCAAUGUUUUUGGUUGGGGGAAUCAGCCAAAGUGGGAUAUGUAAGCAAAAGUACUAAUUUUCAGGAGUUAUUAUAUGCAAGUAAAUCUUAUGGAAAAUACAUAUUUUUUUUCUUUUUGUUUCUGAAUGGUGACAUUUCAGUCUGUGAGGAUAUCCCAUGGCAGUCAUCAAGAUCAUGAAAUCAUUCUAUAACAUCUGGAGGGCAUUGUUGUUGUUUUUGUAUUAGCUCUUCAUUUGAUUGGGAUUACAUAUUCAUAGCAUUUUCAUGGAGAUUUAGUUUUUAGUUUGGGUUUAAAAUCAGAAUAUCUAUAGUUACAGGAUCGGUUUAUGCAUGUAGUUCUAUAGGAAGCUGGAACCAGACUCCUUGGGAUUCUAAUGCCUGCAAAUAUGUAGCCCACUUAACCUAUGACUGAAUCAAUCCAUUUUUUUUUUUGAGUUUGUACAAUAAAGGUUGAAUGACAAACUAAACAAAAGUGCUUUCUCACAAUAAGUUAAGCCCCACCCCCACUCUAAAUGAAUGCUGAAACAUUAGGUUUAACAUAAGGAACCCUUCUGUUAUGUAGAAGUCUUCUUUUGAAAAAGGCUGAUCUUAACUAAGUCUACUCUCCCAGGCUAAGGUACUAAGACUUGCAUCUCAGGGCUCCUUCCUGGUCAUAUGUAGAAAGGUUCCACUGAGGUUUUGUGAGUCUUGCUUCAAGGUAUCUAGUCUGGGUUCUCAUUUCACUGGAAGUAUAUUCCUCUUGCUUGCCAUACAGUAUAACAUCCGUAUUCAGACUGGAAGGGUCACAUAUGUCCCUUUGAUUUAAAUGGGGAUGGUAAGUUAAGAACCCAGAUGAAAGUAACUGGAAGUGAGGCAUAUUCCUUGAUUCAACAGUUGCUUAGUUUGUUUUAGCUAUUUCCUCCUGGUGUUACAAAUUGGGCUUCACUGAGGCCUAAACUCCUUUUUGAAGAGACAAAUCUCACCAAAAUGCUCCUGAAUUAGAUGCUAGAAGGACAGAAAUCAGUAGGGAUUGUAACAUGUCCAUUUGAAAGGUUGUCACUUGGAACAAAAAAAAAAUUAAAUACAGCUGCAAAUAUAUGCAGUUUUGGUUUAGCUGCCUCAUCUUCUCUUUUCCUGGAAGAGAAGAUUGCAGUAAAAAAGGGAAAGGGGUCUUAUUGGGAGUUAAUGAAUCUAAAUAAAUGGUGUAUUUAAAUGAGAAUUUGUUACAGGGGAAAAUUACAUUUAGGGCUGGGUGCCAGCCAUUCAGGAAUGUCUACUUUGUGGAUCUGUUUAAAGAUAUUCCCUGUUGUCAUUUCCUAUCCCAUAAGAGAGUGGCCUUAAAUUUAAUGCAGUUUUCCUCCAAAGGCAAAUACUACAGACAGGAGUUAUACUGUAAAAUCCAUUGGGUCCUAGCAUAGACUUGGCCUAACUACUUCAAUAUUUUUAAAAAUAUUACUGCAUUUCAACUCAAGAGAUAAACUACAAAGCGAUGAGCUGGAUUUACUGCAUGGCAGGCAUGUAAGUAAGAAUCACAGCAUAAGCUUUUCAUUUGGGCUGGAUUCAAUACACCUCUUGGGCUUAUUGAUGUCAGCAACUGAAAACAUGUUAUGAGGACACUUCUCUGUAAGGCAGGAGCUGAAUGGAUCCCUAGUCCAUAGCCUGAGUGGAUUCAUUUGAUGUCUAACUAAAUGCUAUUUAAAAGCUUUUUAGUCAGGCUAGAGUAAUAGCUCCAUAGAGAGUACAGUUUUUAACAGACAUACAAUAAAAACCUAAGCAUGUUACUUGGCAAACAUUAAAUUCAAGAUAAUGCAUUGGAUGGAGACCCAAAUCAAAGAUGUGCUUACUAUAGGGAGUAAGUCUCAUUAUUCAUAGGGCAACAGUUACUUUCCAUAAGAUUGUUUAAGAUUAGGACUGAAGUUUUAUGUUUUCCAAUCAUAUCCCAUGAUCUCCAGCAGCAUGUCUUAGUCAGAUUUAAAUCAGUUUGAAGCCAGGUAAGCAUGUUUGUACAAUCCCAUUAGAAGCAAUGGGACAUCUACAUAUGAUGUGUGUUAAUGUCUAUGAUGCAGCCAUUAAAUGCAAGAGCUUUUGGUGCAUUUCUUCUGCUAGAAAAGGAUGAGAGGAAUUCAGACUAGAGUUAUUUCUUCCACUGGCAGCAAAUCCUUUAAAGAAAAAAGAUCAGCAUAUUCUAAACCAUGCUAAUUCUGAUUACUAAUAAUCAUUCAGGAACCAGGCAAUGAAUUGAAGUAUAUAGUUUACUGCAUUUUUUAUUGUAGGUUAUUAAAAGCUACUACAACUGUACCCCUUUCUGAUUUUUUUUAAUAAAUUCACUUGUCAAUCUUCAAGGUACACCUGGGCUAUCUUUGUGGAGAAUAAAAUGAUGCAUUGAUUUCAAUGGGAGAAACUGCAACUUCUGCAUUAGAGCUCUUUAAAACACCAACGGGACCAGAUUAUGUCAAUUUACUAAAAAAUAAAAUUUCCUGGAGUAGAUUGCAAAAGGCUACGCCAAGAUAAAAACAUAAGAUUGCCUUAGAAACUCCUAUUUUCUCAAAACAAUUUCAGUUGGCGAGACACCCUACUUCUUUAAAGAAUGUCCAAAAAAAGCAGUUUCAAACCUCCUUCCAGGUCCGUGUAUUGUCUUCCUGAUAUAUAUCGAUCUGUAGUAGUUUAUUCUUCCAAAUGCUCGGUCUUGGAGAUAAAAGCUGAAAAUCUUUUAAUGAGAAAUUUUCACCCGAACGGUAUUUUGAUACAAGCGACUCCCACCACCCUGUUUCUCGGAAAUACCCGAACAUUAAAUGUGAUUUACUCCGUUGCAAGUAACGUGAAGACAGCGCUCACCAGCUUUAAAACAAAGACGCCACCCCAUAAAGUUCGUAUUAGGCGGUGUCUGAAAAACGAGGACGUGGAGCCGUUUCCCGCUUUAAGAAAUUUCACUGCGAGGACAAUUUAGCCGCUACACUCGUGGGAAAGGCAGAAUUCAGCAGCUUUUGCUCACCUGGCACCUUUAACAUUAUUAUUUUUUUGCAAGCUGCGGGGGGGGAGGGGGGGGAGGUCCCUGCACGUGUUGUGCCUUUCUGGCGGGCGGUGCCAACGUGGCGGCGGAGACUGAAGAGAGGCACGUCGGAAGAGAAACAAGGCGUUCCUGGGAAGGGGCCUCGGUUCGAAGCUGGUGCCACGAUCCCUCCAGGAAAGAGGCGCUCCGUUUAGCCCAGAGCAAAGACUGGGCGGUUUUCCGAGAAGGCUUCGGCGAUUCUCGUAUGGAGGCUUUGAACAGAAAAUCCAAUGGUUGUAGAAAUACUUGGAACUGAGGAACAGGAUCUGGAGCCACGACGAGGAUUCUGAAAGGCGAGCAAAAAACCCUGGGAGGUCGCGCUGCUGUUGCUUUCCAAAUCAAGCGGCAGUAAAGCCAUCCAGUUCACGGAAUAACCCUUUGCAACCUACUCCAGAAAUCUUUUAUUUUUUUCUCUCUUUCCUGAGCUGUUAGUUAUAAAGGACUGUACAGAGCUUCCAAGUGCUUUGAACUGGCAGCAAAGAUCAUUCUAGGCUUUUUCCCAAAAUACGCAUUUCUCAAUCUCAGCCACUUCAACAACAAUUUCGGCUGGGGAAUUCUGGGUAUUGAAGUCCACAUAUUUUACAGUUGCUGAGAUUAAUGAACAGCCUCCUCUCCCCUCACAUCCUGUCAGCUGAAAAUGAAUGGAAUGGAAUAGGAAUAGAAUGGAAUGGGAAUAGGAAUAGGAAUGGUAUAGGAAUAGGAAUAGGAAUAGAAUGGAAUAGGAAUAGGAAUAGAUUAGGAAUAGAAAGGAAUAGGAAUAGAAAUAGAAUAGAAAUAGAGAGGAGAGGAGAGGAUAGAAUUUUUUAUUGGCCAAGUGUGAUUGGACACACAAGGAAUUUGUCUUUGGUGCAUAUGCUCUCAGUGUAUAUAAAAGAAAAAAAAGAAAAAAACAUUCAUCAAGAAUCAUAAGAUACAACAGCUUAGUGAUAGUCAUAGGUUACUAAUAAGCAAUCAAAUCAUACUAGGAAACAAACAGAACAAUAUAAAUUGUAAAAAUACAAGCAACAUAGUUAUAGUCAUAAGUGGGAGGAGGUAGGUAAUAGGAAAGAUGUUGUGUUUAGAUGUUAAGAGUUGCACUGACUGCAAUGAGUCAGUUCCUAAAAGCAACUCCACAUCUUGAUCCUGAUAUAUCACCUCUAAUCUAACCAAGUCCAUUUAAGAAAGGGAAGGAGGAGAUAAACUCUUCCUUGUUUCACCAAAUCCUAACUUACUGCAUUUUUCUUCCAUUAUCUUUGUGCUUCUUUUGUUUAUGUCCCAGUAAACAGAUCCCAUGGAGAAGCCUCAAGAUAUGCAUUAGACAGGAUAUCAUCCUGAAUUGAAAGUAUGAAAUUAUCUGUUUAUUUAGGACCCUUAACUACCUUUAUACUCGAUAAUUAUCCUCAGUGCUCCCCUACUUGAAAGGUCUCUGUCUCAUUAAUGUAAAUUUGAUGUGAGCUGCCCAGAGUCACUGGCUGAGAUGGGCUGCUCUAGAAAUUGCUGUAAAUAAAAUAAAGCCUCAACUGUCAGAGACUGAUAUUUGUUCAAACACCCAGCGCAAUAAAUAUUCAAGAGAAAACCAUAACUCUAGAUCCAUUAAUUCAGUAGAAAACAACAAAAAGAUGAAAUCCAUCUGAGGUAGGUUGGACUGAGAGAGUGUCCAGCUCCAAACCCCCACUGAGGUUUUCUGUCAAGAGUAGACUAGAAUGUGGGCUUUUGUUUCUAGUCCCAGAAACAAGACACCCUAUCAUGCUAUUAGGUCUAUAUAGUGUGACCCACAAAAUUCAAUGUGUCUUCAGCUAAGUGGGUCAUCUAACACAUGUUUAUAUAGCAUCUGGACACACUUGCACUUUACUCUCUGCAGAGUUACUUGGAAGGAAACUCCAGUGGUUGGAUAGAAUCCAGCUGAAAUCCUGCAUGUUUCUUGAGUUGGAGAAGGCCAAGAGGUCAAUUCUGAGGCAAACAGUCCAUUUAAAAAAACAUGUACUGGAUCCUUUGGUGAAUAGAAUCUAUUUCUCAGACAUCCUGCUCUAAUUCUCUUUCUUCUCCUUUGAUGAUUAAGAUUGUCAUCCCUUGUCCCAAGAGAAUCUGGAGGAGACCAUCUUGAACUGCAUCCAUUUGCAGACUGUUUCUGGGAUGAAAAAAAAAUUACUCUUGGGCGUGAGACCAUAAUUGGGUGGGUUGGAGGUUAGAGAUUUUUUUUCCACCCUUUAAAAUCCUUAAUGCCUCUUCCAAAAUCAAGUCCUGCUGCAGUGCUGAGUGUGGCUAUUCUACAGAAGUGUAAGUCUGUUUUAAGGGAAAUAUGUGGUGGUGGUGGAAAAUUGAAUUGGGUUUGACU